UCCUGGGCAGCCGCGGCGACCCGGGACCGGCUCCGGGAUGGGGAGAGAAGCCCCCGGAGCCGCCGCGGCGGCUGCUGCGGCGCCGUGAGGAGCAGCCACGGGGAGGCAGCUGCCGCUCGUCGGUGAGUAGUCGAACCGCCACCAUGACGUUUCGUAAGAAGGGCUCCAAGAACCCCCCACUCCUGAGCCUGGAAUUCAUCCUGCAGAAUCAUGCGGACUUUGUCGCCUGUGUGGGGAUGUUCUUCGUGCUGGGGCUCAUGUUCGAGGGGACGGCAGAAGUAUCGAUCGUUUUUAUUACUCUCCAGCACGGGGUUACCUUCCCUGCAGCCGAAGCAGAAGCAGCAGAAGCAGAACGAGCCACAGCACCCAAGUUCCUCUAUCACUAUGGUGCCAAAGACUUGGCCACCGUGUUCUUCUACACGCUGGUGGCGAUCAUCAUUCACGCCACCAUUCAGGAGUAUGUGUUGGAUAGAAUUAACAGGCGAAUGCAGUUCCCCAAACAGAGGCAAGGCAAAUUUUAUGAAUCUGGUCAGUUUAGCGUAUUCUUCCUUGUCUCCUGUAUCUGGGGCACAUUCAUUCUAGUCUCUGAAAAUUGCCUGUCAGACCUGACUGCCUUAUGGAAGGCUCAUACCCAUAACAUGAUGACAUUUCAGAUGAAGUUUUUCUACAUCUCCCAGUUGGCUUACUGGUUUCACGCCUUCCCCGAACUAUUAUUCCAGAGAAGCAGACCUCAAGAACUCUCCCAGCAAGCUGUAUAUGUUGGUCUUCACCUCUUUCACAUUGCGGGAGCUUAUCUCUUGUACUUGAAUCACCUGGGACUUCUUCUUUUGAUGAUGCAUUAUUUUGUGGAAUUCCUUUCCCACUCUUGCGACCUGUUUUAUUUUAGCGAUGAAAAGUUCCAGAAGGAGUUUUCUCUAUGGGCCAUCGUGUUUAUUUUGGGUCGACUUGUGACUUUAAUUGUUUCUUUGAUAACUGCUGGUUUUCAGCUGGCCGGAGGGCAGAAUGGGGGUUCGGAUGACCCUGCCGAAGAUGUGAACGUGUUGGCAGCUAAAAUUGCCGUUCUGUCAUCCAGUUGCUCUAUUCAAGCAUACGUAACAUGGAAUUUAUUUAAUGUCCAGCUUCAGAGGUGGAUGGAAGAAGAUGCUCCUCUUCAGGCCCCAAGUGUGAAGAAGAAACGUAUUAAGGGCAGAUUUUGUAGAAAAGGAAUGGAAAACGGUGUGGCAACUUCUAAUUGACUACUAGAUUCUCCCCAGAUGAGGAAAGGAAAGUCUUCAUAAUGAAUUUGCAAGUUAAUUGACUAAUGUCUCCAAAGAAGUCUGCUCUUUACUAUAACAUACCUUUCUUUGCUAAGAGAAGGAAAUGGCAACCAGUAUUCUUGCCAGGAUAGUCCAUGGACAGAGGGGCCUGGUGGGCUGCAGUCAAUAGGGUCACAAAAGAGUCGGACACCAGUGAGCAACUGAGCUCGCGGGUACACACACGCACACACACACCCACACACACACCCACACACCCACACACACACACACACACACACACACACACCCUAUCUUCGCUAAAGAAUUUUCUGUUUUUGAAAAUAUAUUGUCUUUGAUUUUUGUUACUGUACUCUGUAAGGUAUUUUUGAAGGCAUUUGAGGAGAGAGUAUUAUGAGUGCAAAAAAAUUUAGACUAAGCUAUUCAUCAUCAAAAUAGUUUAAAUAUUUCUACGCUGUUUUAUUUUAUUAUUAUUAUUUUUUACCUUUGAACAUUUUCCUAAUGAUUUGUAGAGAUAACUCCAAAAUCUCAUGUGUCAGUGACACAGUUCUUACUCCUGCCAAUCUUUUGUAAUGUUAACAAGAUGGUCUUUUAUAGCGAUGACAUAUUUUUAAUGUUCUCUUCCAGGAUAAAAUAGAAAUAUUAUAAAUCUGGAAUUCGACUUCAUUAAUUUUUCUGUAUUCCCUAAGUCUUAGAAUUUUUUUUUUUUAAUUUACAACUGGAGAAAAGAUUUGUAAAAUUACCAAAAUAAUGAUGUGUUUUAUAGGUAAUGGUUGUUACAUCCCACUAAAAACCCCAAGAUACUAAUGGUUAACAUGUAGAGAUUUAUUGCUAUAUAUUGAAUCAAAAUAUCUUGAAUUAAUAUAAACUUAGCACUAGGAAGUAACAUCAUGCUUGUUCAUUUUAAACACUUAUAAACUGGAAAUCAGAAAAUUAAAGAUGGUUUAAAGAAAA